AUGGAGAUGAAGGAAGAUGUUCAAGCUGGACGUGUCUCCUGGCGCCAUGAUGUUGACAUCAGGAGCUGGAGGAGCAGCUGGAACUUUCGAAACGUAACAUUCUAUACUGGCCGGCAACCGCCUUUGUUGACUCGGGUGGCUGCAGGAGGCACCAGCUACUUCAUGCUGGUGCCCUUUGCUGACAUUCGGCACCCACAAAAUGGGCGAAGCCGGGAAAACCUGCCCUUUCCAGCGUUCCCCAAAUGCACAGAAGCUGAUGUGUCUCUCUGGGUCACGGCCACAUCUGUAGAUGAAAUAUCGGGUUUUUGGAAGGGGUGGGAAGAGUCCAUUUUUAUUGUUCUGCUGACAAUAGAUGACAACUCUUUUCUCCUGCAGCAGAAGCACAGGCAGAUCUGUUUCUGGGAAAAACAACCCUCAGGCUGUUCGAGGAUCAGUUGUGCCUUCCAGCACAGCAAGCCUCGAAAUAUAAAUGGACUGUUCCUGCCACCUGAUAACAAUGUGCCGUUGCAACAGGGUGGCCAAGAAAGGACUCUGCAUCCAGCACAUCUUCAAGAAUCACUCAGAAACCAAGAGAAUAUUUCCCUACCAGUUCAUGCUCCACUGAUUAUAAGGCUCAACAAUGCUGAAGAUGAACAGGACGAUGAAGAGGAUGAUGACAAAGAGAACUAUGUUUCUAAUUGGGUGCCUAAGACUGCUGCAGAAAUUGAAGAGGAAAGAACCAUAAAGGAAAAAUGCUAUAAAACUGGAGAGUAUUACAGGAUCCAGCACCCCCACAAACACCAAUCAACAGAAACUGUGUCUUCACCUCAGGAAAAGGAAAUAUUACUCUUGGAAGCUAUGGAGCGAGACUUACAGAAAGGGGAUGGUAAUACAAUUCCUACAACAUUUAAUAAUACAAAAAGAGGAGAGAGCUGGGAAAGGAGAAUACCAACAGAGCGUAUUCCCAGAAGGGAUUAUACUAGUUUUAGGAUUAUACUCAUUAUAAAGUUUGCUUUUUUAUUUUUAGGCUUUAACACUUCAGACCCCAGAGGAAAACCAAGUUACCAACCAAGGAGUCAAAGGAAAGAUGAUGAACCUGCUUCUUAUGUUCCUCGUGGGAGAGCAGCAGGAAGAAAAACAUGUUGCGAUUCUUCAGAACCUCGCAGGUCAGCGUAUGUUUUCUACCGCACUGUGGACGUCACCCAAGAACCAAAGUUCAGUGGAUCCACAGCAGCACCUGAGCCAUAUGGUGGGAAAUGCUCCAAACCAAAGAAUCAGCUUGACACAAAUAGAAGAUUUUCGACCCAAACGGAAAGCUAUGGUAAUGCUUACCUGUUGUGUUUAAACUGAAAAUUGUAGGAUUAUUUUGCAAUUAAUGAUUUGAAUUAAUGUAAUUAAGAUGGAAUUAAUAGAAAACAAGAGAAUUCAUAUUUUUAGCCAAAUUUCACAGAAAACAGUCACUGGGCAGCUUACUCUGAUGCACAGUCAGCUGCCCAGCACAAAAACAUCCCAUUGCCUUAUAUCGAGUGUUUGCACAGGCAGGGAUAAAAGAGGAGGUUGGAUUAUGGAUUUGUUUAAUUGAAAAGCAAUUGGUGCCUUUGGGAAGAUUUUCAACACAAGAAUAUUGACUUUGUUCAAGGCGCAGGUGUCCGUGGCAGAAUCGCCUCCUUUGGGAGAUCCCGUGAGCUUGAGGAAACGCUGCAAGAUUACACAUGAUCUAUAAAGUACUGGAGAAAGUCUGUAUUUAACACUGGCUUGUAUUUCAGAGAUGAUGUAUGAUUCACUUGAUGCUUUCAUUGAUACUUCGACUGACAGAGUAUUUAAUUCACAUAUCAGACUUAGAGAGUCUUUCCUGAAAUUGGAGCUGAAAUUAAGAAACCAUGUUGA